AUGACGUCCUUCAAGGUAGACGCAGCUGCUCUCCUCCAUGUCGUGUUUAUUAUGGGAGGUAUCAUCUCCUUAGUACUUGGAGCGAUGGCUUGGGCUCGCACCUCCGCAUUGCAUCUUCCUUUACCGACAUGGAUUCCAGCCGUUGCGACCGUAAUUUCUCCAAUCACAGUACUCACACUGAUAUUUCCGCGAGUCUUUUCUACGCGUUUGAACAAUGAGACUGCUCGCAAUGGUCGAUGGAGCACAAUAUCUGAUAUGCUCAAUCAGGCUCAAACAAUCAUAGCGACCAUCGUGGCCACGGCAGCACUUGCGUACCUCUUUCCCGACAGAAUUCUCUCUUGUAACCUGGAUCAGCAAUGGCAGGAGUUUUUCAAGUCGAAGAAUUCGCAGGCUAUCCGGUCAAUUCAAGAUGAAUUCCGAUGCUGUGGUCUCAGAAGUCUUCACGAUAGGGCAUGGCCUUUCAAGGACCGGAACCACGGGGAUAAUGCGUGCGAAACGCAGCUGGGAUAUCAGAGUAGUUGCUUUGCCCCUUGGAGAGAGUACCAACAGCGUACGUCUUGGAUGAUUUUUGUGGCGGCCUUUUGUGUUUUCGCGGCCAAGAUAGCUUUCUAUCGGCUUUCCAGUCAUCGAACGAGUUGGAUGAGCGCAGAAUCUGCCAGGAGGACCGAUUACCAGCGUAUCUCACACCAGACGGUGCAGGAUGAAGAGGACAACGAAGAUGGUAUCCCCGAGGAAACGCGGAGGACAUUGCUACCCCAGUCGAACACCAACCACUGGGAGGUAGAUUAA